AUGGGCUGCUGCUUCUCUAGGCCGGCAGGGCCCAAUGCGCCCUACCCCGGCGGCGCGACCUCGCCCUCUGCGCGCGCAAUCAACUCGCAGCCCGCGCUCCACGCCGUGCCGACCGACGACAGCAGUGCCGGCUCUCGACGAGCAGCGGCAGCUGCUGGUGCAACGGCAUCAUCAUCAUCUCCAGCCUCGCCUACCACCUCGGCCCACCACCGGCCCCGUCGGCGACGGCACCACCACCACGACAACGAACCGCCGCUGUCACAGCACAUUGACAAGCCCCUGCGCCUGCACCAAUGGGCCGCGACGGACCGGCCGUGGACGCGCACCGCGCUCGACACGGAGCGGACCGAGUUCUUCGACACCCGGGUCACGGGCCGGCCGGAGGUUUGGCAGGUGAUCAAGGUGGCGCUCGAGGUCCUGUGGGACGCUGACCGGGCGAAGCGCAAGGCGGAAAGGACGCGGCAGCAACAGCACAGCCAGCACGCCACGGCGUCGGCGGCCCCCGGGGGACAACACGCACAAACAGGGGAUGGCGCAGCGGAGGAGGAAGACACCAGGAGUAAAUCCCAGGACGAGACCACGGUGGAAGCGCUCGCGACCGCGCAGGGCAUCCUCAAGGCCGCAGAAGUCACCCUGCCGACCGGGAACCUGGCCAACGGCGUCUAUGAUUCACUCGGAAACUACUACCCUCUUUCAGAGUGGAUUGUCUGCGACCCGGUAAACGUGGCGGAGGACAGCGGCAGCAGCGGCGAUGCUGCUGCUGCAGGAAAGUCCAGCAAGCACGGCGGUGGCGGUGGCGGUGGCGGCAACAACGGGGAGGAAAACCCCAGUUCGGACGUGGACGAGGAAGAGGCCGCGCGCCGCCGGGAGGAGAAGGGUAAAGGGGUCGCUGUGGUUAAGGACUUGGUUCCGGUACGGGCAAGGUUGAGCGAGAGCGGGCGCGAUCUCGUGAUCCGCGUCGGCAUGAGCGAAACCGUGCGCAGCCUCGCGCGUAAGAUUACCGAGGAAUCAAGCUUACCCUCAAACAAGCGCAUCCGAGUUGCCUACAUGGGCAAGAUCCUGAGCGAGAACACGCCCCUCGAGGACCAGGGCUGGCAGAAGGGCCAUAUUGUUAAUGCCUUUGUUUUUAAUCGUUGA